GGAGCCGCCGGAGCCGCCGCGCCCGCGAUGGAGCCCAACAGCCCCCGCAAGAUCCAGUUCACGGUCCCGCUGCUGGAGCCGCACCUGGACCCGGAGGCGGCCGAGCAGAUCCGGCGGCGCCGCCCCACCCCGGCCAACCUGGUCCUGAGCAGUGACCAAUCGUCCCCAGAGAUCGACGAGGACCGGCUGCCCAACCCCCUGCUGAAGUCCGGCCUGGCCAUGUCCCCCCGGCAGAGGAAGAAGGUGUCCCGCAGCACCCCCACCAUGAAAGAGCUGCAGAUGAUGGUGGAGCAUCACCUGUGCAAGCAGGCGCAGGGCGGCGACGACGACGACGAGGUGGCGGCCACCGCCCGCUGUCCCCGCGGUGACAGCGACCCCGAGCACCGGCACAGCCCCGGCCCGGCCCCGGGCGGCCACCGGACCCCCGGGGAUGGGACCCCCCAGGCCGGGACCCCCCUGGCUGGGACCCCCCGGGCCGGGACCCCCGGGGCCGUGCGGCGCAGCCGGGCUGAGGACGGGACCCAUAUAGAGCCUGGGGACAGCGCGGGCAGCGGCCACUAG